UAAUGCACACAUAUACAUUACGCAUUAAAUUAAUUUUUCUGAAAGAUCAUCGAAUCAAGAUACUUUCCCGACAUUUUUUUUUCAGUCUAGUUCUGCAUGAUGGCUCCACUUACAACAACCGAUCUGCAAUUAUGCGGUACAACCUGCCGAGCCGAUUUCCCCUCAUCUCCUCCUGACUCGGCCAGUCCGCUCAGUCGUGCUGACGAUUUCAUAACUUUAAAACAAUUUUUUUUUUCGAAACAUAAACAAAAUCAGAGCGCACACUUGUACUGAUCCGGGCCCCGAGCGCGUCCAUGUACCUGUUGGCCCCGGGCUUCGGGCUCAUUGUAGUGGCGCUCAGUCCCUCCCCCCUCCGUCUGUCUGCGGAGAACCAGAUCUCCGCCAUGCUGGGACAGAGCAACUUCUCACGCCACUCCAGCUACUCGGGAUUCUUUUAACUCGCCCGAGAAACAGCGAAACGGGUUUUGUUUUAAGUCGCCAGAUCAGCACUGGUGAAGCUUCCUGCAUCCUCCGCUGCCGUCUAAGACCUGGAUCCCAGGUGAUCGUUUCUUUAAUGAAUCACUACUCGCCUCCAGACGUCAUGACGUACAAAGGUAACCUCACGCUACCCAAGGUUCCGGAGCCUAACAUGGCGCUCAGCGUGUUGGGAGUUUUCCUGGGAUUGCUUCUGGAAGUUUCUGCUCAUGGACCGUCCAGUGUCGCCAGGAGUUCGUGGAGACAUGAAGACGUGAGCUUGGUAGAGUUCUCUGAGCCGGGUGUCCUCAACUACUCCACCCUGCUGCUGAGUGAGGAGAGAGACGUGCUGUAUGUUGGAGCCAGGGAGACCAUCUUUGAGCUGAGCCUCAACAACGUGUCCGUGAAGAACAACCAGGUAGUAUGGAAUGUUCCAGAAAGCCACAUGAACAAAUGCAUCUUAAAAGGGAAGUCCAAAGAGACUGACUGUCAAAACCAUAUCCGGGUUCUGCAGGCCUUUGAUGAAAACAAACUAUAUGUGUGUGGUACACAUGCGUUCCAGCCACUCUGCGAUUACCUGUCUCUGAAGGACUUCCAGCUGAUCCAGAAGCAGGAGGACGGGAGAGGGAAGUGUUCAUUUGACCCCGCUCAGAGUUUCACCACCGUCAUGGUCGAUGGGGAACUGUACUCAGGGACUGCAUACAACUUCCUGGGUAGUGAGCCAAUCAUUUCCAGAUACUCAGUCUCUCAGAGCCUGCUGCGGACGGAGUACUCCACAUCCUGGCUCAACGAGCCCAGUUUUGUGUUCGCCGAUGUGAUCCGAGAGGGAAAGAGCAGUGUGAAUGGAGAAGAUGAUAAGAUAUAUUACUUCUUCACGGAGGUCUCUGUCGAGUACGAGUUCUUUGGCAAGCUAUUGAUCCCCCGCAUCGCUCGCGUGUGCAAGGGGGACGUGGGAGGUCAGAGGACCCUACAGAAGAAGUGGACGUCCUUCCUGAAGGCCAAGCUGGUGUGCUCCAUGCCAGAGCUCAACUUUGUCUUCAACGUGGUCCAUGACGUGUUCAUACUCAAGACACCUGACUGGAGGGAAUCUGUCAUCUACGGCGUCUUCUCCUCGCAGUGGGGGAAUAUGGGCCUGUCUGCUGUCUGUGCGUAUAACAUGAGCUCAGUGGAUGAGGUCUUCUCCAGGGGCAAGUACAUGCAGAAGGCCACGGUGGAGCAAUCUCACACCAAGUGGGUGCGCUACAACGGCCUCACGCCCUCCCCGCGGCCUGGAGCGUGCAUCAGCAACCAAAACCGUCUGCAGAACAUCAACAGCUCUCUGCUGCUCCCUGACAAGACCCUGCAGUUCGUGAAGGACCACCCUCUCUUAGCUGACCCCGUCCUGCCCAUCGGCAACGGGCCCCGCCUCAUCGCCAGGGACACCAACUACACGCAGAUCACCGUGGAGAGAGUCCCCGCACUUGACAACAAUGUCUAUGAUGUAAUCUUUACCGGCACGGAUAAAGGGUUUCUGCAUAAGUCCGUGGUGUAUGAAGGAGGUUUGCACGUGAUCGAGGAGGUGCAGCUCCUGAAGAACCCAGAGCCAAUCAAAACCCUCCUGCUCUCCACACAAAGGGCCAGAUUCCUGUACGCUGGUUCUGACUCUGGCAUCGUCCAGUCCCCCAUGGCAUUUUGUGACAAAUACACAACUUGCGAGGACUGCAUCCUCUCCCGAGACCCUUACUGCGCAUGGGAGACGCGCACCACUUCCUGUAUCGAUAUAUUCCAGAGGAAGGAUCAGCACCGGAAGUUGCUUCAGAACCUGCAGGGAAAUGCAAGCAUCUGUCCUGCGGCAGUGACACCCCGCUCGUCAGAGACCUACCAGCAGGUGGCGGUAAAGCCCGGAGGUUCAGCGGAGCUGCCGUGCAAGGUGCGGUCCAGGCUGGCCCGGGUGCAGUGGAAGGUGAAUGGCAGCGACCUGACCGAGGCCGCCCACUUCCUGCAGAUGAGGGACACGGGUCUGCUCGUGUACAGCGCGGCGCCCGAGGACCAGGGCCGCUACGAGUGCUGGGCCGUGGAGACGGCCGCGGGCAAGAACUUCGUCCGCCUGGUGGCCGCCUACCGCCUCCGUCUGGACCUUCCGGAAAGGGCUCGUCCGGCAGCCGACGUCGUGGCGCUGUCCUAUCCAGACGCAUCCGCGGAGGGUGUCGCCACAGCAGAGGCCAAAGGUAAUAGCGGUCACACAGCAGGACCCCCUCCGCUAAUGUCGUCUCCACCGCCCACAGAGGCGUCCCCGCUAACCUCCGCAACCACGGGCCGCGGCGUCGGCGCCGAACCUCAGCCUAAGCUCCUCCCCCCUGCCAAAGCCAGCCACUCGCCUCCGAGGGCCGACGCCCUCGACCCCUCGGCUCGGUUCCUCCAGCACGACAACAGCAGCGCCUUGCUCUUCCUGUUCCUGCUCUUCUUUCUCCUCUUCCUGUGCGCAGUGGCAUACAACUGCUACAUGCGGUACCUGCCUGCACCGUGUCUCCGGCUUCGGGCCGCGCUGCUCGGGCCUCAGAAGAAGCCGCAGCCCGAGUACGUGGCCUGCGAGGCGGGCCUGAUGGAGACGGCACCGGACAAGCCGGACCCUGCCGGAGCGCCGCACCAGAACGGUGCGCAGCAGCAGCAGCUGCGUGCUCUCCGAGACACUGGCUAUGAGACGGAGUCGGAGUGCGGAAACGUAAAGGGCCCGUCGCACAGCUAUGAGGAGGGCGACAACAACCCUUCAAAAGCGCGGCCGUUCGACGUCGACUGCGAAUCGCAGCCGAUCGAGUACGCAGACGCCGACGCGCCUUACUGAGUCGUCGUGUGAUUACCGCGUGGAGUGUAAUGCCAGCGUGAUGGCUACAAAAAGACCACCAGGAGCAGAGAGCGUCAGCACAGCUGGAGUGUCGUCUGUUGCCUUCUUAAAAGGCAGUUUCACGUGCCUGCACAAUGUCUAGAUAGCUUCAAAGGCAACACUGUAAAAUCUCACAACCCUGCAUAGAGAUUUGACUGGCUCUUUAGCCUACUGGUUUGGAACUGGCCUUUCUAAGAGUGCGUAAAGUUCCUUUGGUGGAGAAAGAGCAGAACUAGUUUGUGUGUUUUUGUAAACAAAAAGAAGAAGAAGAAGAAGAAGAAUUCCACAUGUGAUUCCAAAUUGGAAACAUUGUUUACCAAAUUGGUAAGUUUGAAUGUUUUCCAAAUUGGAGCAAGGUAUUGUGGGGUGUGGGAGGCAGGGCAACGUUUUCUUGUUUUGUUU